ACGAAUGUAUGAGGACUCCCUGUAGGAGAGCAUUAUGCAGCAUAAAUUACUAAGUUUUACUGCUCCAUUUACUUUGUGCAUUGUGGACAAACUGGAUAUUAGCAAAACGUUUCGCUGAAAUGUGCAAAACGAACCAGCUAGCAAGCCAGCAGGAGUAACGGUAUUUGGGGUUGACUGAUGUUAAAUAUUCCGCUGCUGGCCGAGCUGGUUAGUCUGAAUGACACAGCUACCAAGCUAACGAUGGCCAGUGGGUUACUGCUUGAAUUUACGCUGAGUGUGUCAAUGGACAGACUUAAAAAUGAAUAAAUGAAAAAGCAUGGAAAGUAACGGGCAUGUAAUUUCGAGCACGGGGUCUUUGGGUUAUUUACAGUCGGAUACCCAGAGUGGAGGGUUAGCUUGUUUUAUCCGUGGCAUGACGACAUUUGCUCCGCUCAGCUGCCUCAGAGUACACGGGUGUCGGUGAUGUUAUCCGUCGCUGGCCAAAUGCCUCGAUUGUCCGAAUUGGGACAGAGCAGCCAGACUUCAUUAUAAAUCAUGAAAAACUGCGAGUAUCAGCAAAUCGAUCCGCAGGCACUUCCGACACCCACCCCGACCCCUCCGCCCCACCAUGGAAACGACAGUGAGAAGAAAGAGGAGCCGAGAAGACCGAGGAGAAAGUGGGAAGUUUUCCCCGGAAAGAAUCGCUUCUACUGCGAAGGACGGAUCAUUGUGGCCCGGCAGAGCGGGGUCCUGCCCCUCACCCUGGGCCUUAUUCUCAUCACCAGUGGAUUAUUCUUUAUAUUUGACUGUCCCUUUCUGGUCAAACACCUGACCAGCUGCAUACCGGUUAUUGGAGGAGUCCUCUUUGUGUUUGUGGUCAUCACCCUUCUCCAGACCAGCUUCACUGACCCCGGCAUCCUGCCCAGGGCGACGCCAGACGAGGCUGCAGACAUUGAGAAACAGAUUGAUAACACUGGAAACGCCAGCUAUCGGCCUCCGCCUCGCACUAAGGAGGUCCUGAUCAACCAGCAGGUGGUCAAGCUCAAGUACUGCUUCACCUGCAAGAUGUUCCGGCCUCCACGCACCUCUCACUGCAGCCUGUGUGACAACUGUGUGGAGCGUUUCGACCAUCACUGCCCCUGGGUGGGGAACUGUGUAGGGAAACGCAACUACCGCUUCUUCUAUACCUUCAUCGUGUCGCUCUCCUUCCUGACGGCGUUCAUCUUCGGCUGUGUGACCACACACCUAGCACUGAGGGCUCAAGGUGGAAAAGGCCUUGUGUUUGCUCUGCAAGAGAGUCCAGGCAGUGCAGUGGAGCUGGUGAUAUGUUUCUUCUCAGUCUGGUCCAUCUUGGGCCUCUCAGGCUUCCAUACAUACUUAGUCGCUUCCAACCUGACCACUAACGAAGACAUUAAAGGCUCGUGGUCAGGGAAGAGUGGAGAAGGUGUCACUAACCCAUACAGUCAUAAAAACAUCUUUAUCAACUGCUGUUCUGUGCUCUGUGGACCCAUGCCACCAAGCUUGAUCGACAGGCGAGGUUUCCUGCCCACAGAUGAAUCUGCCCAGACAGGCGGCGCCGACAUCGAGGUGCCAGCUCUGGCCACUAAAAGCGAGAUAAAUGUGUGCACACAGGGAACUAAAGGUCUGCUGGAGUCAGCCACUCUCCCUCCGCUUCUGUCCACCUCCUGCCCUCAGGGGAAACCUCAGACAGCUCAUACCUGCCCGGACCACAGCCCCGCUGCGAACUCUGACCCCUCACCAGAGCUCUCCACGAGCUGCGGGGCCCGCCAUACCCAAGGCGACGCUUCUCCUUCACGUCGGACCAAGACUUGCUCAAAGAAAAGUAAACAAGUGGCUUUACACAUUCCCAACCCUACCUUCGACAUCCCUGUUUCCCCUACCUCUCCAGAUGCCGGCCCCAGCUCCAAAGCCAGGGGCCGCAAAGGUGCCAGCUUCACCUCUUUGCACUGACUGACUUUAAUGACGACUUUCUCAAGUGAAAACACACAUUGUUUGAAGCUUGCAUGCUGUUAAACAGUGAGAAACAAAUAGGAGUUUUUUUUUUCCUUCAUCGUCUGUUGGUUCUUUGAAAGUCCUGAGUAUAGUCAUUGAGUAAGAGAAUGAAAAUUACAAAGACAUGUUAUUUUGUGUGAUCAGCCUUCUAUCUUUUACCAGCAUGUCAGACCCACUAAAGUUUGUGAAACAGUGGCUUCGAUGUAUCAGGUGGACAAACUUGCAAAGCUUUGUAUGGAGAGUUAAAGCUCAGACUCUGUAUGUGUCUAUAAAGAGAAAAGCUGCCCUUAAAGGGAAAGUCCAUUCCUAAUAUAGAAUUCACACACGUAAUUUCCAUAAUAUUUUGCAGCUCAGUUUAUAGUGUGGUUCUGAGCCAGUUUCUCCUUAAGCUGAGCAGCAGAGAGACAGUUUGUGCUGAUGAUGUCAUGUUGAGAUAUAUAGGUGGUGAAUAAUGGAACAAGUCACAGGAUUUAAACAGCAGCCAGGAUAUGGGGACAGUUUUUUAAAGUUAUUAUUUUCAUAUCUGAAAGCUCUGUGACAAACUGAAGAAAAACCAACGUGAAUUCUUUUACUAAGAACUCCCUCAGUGCUCCUUGUCACAGAUUCUCCAUUUCUGUGGAGCUCUGCUGGAGGGAUAAGGUGAUUGGAUUAACUGCAAAUUUGUUUGGUAAUAUGAUCCACUACAGCGCUGUAUCAGCAUUACAGGCGGCAGAAUGCCUCAAACCAUGGGAUUGUCAAAUUGUCGUAAAUUGUCUGAAACCCACUUCCCUCACAAACUGCUGACGUAGGAAUCGAGUUGGGGUUUCAUCCAGCAAAUUCAGUGAAAUUCCAAAACAAGACAAUCUGACAAAAAUGCCCAUUAGACUCAAUGACUGUGACAAUAUCUCCUUUAAAAUUCUAUUAACAGCAGGGUUUUACCCACGCUUGUUUUCAGACAAGUUCUGAUGCCGCUUCGUACAAACUUGUUUCAUGCGUACCCUAACAAGUACCCUAAGGCAAGUCUUGGAUUUUUAAUCUUGAGCGCUCGUCGUUAGUAUCUUUAUUAUUAUUUAUGUUUUUAUCAAGAUCAACGAUUCAGUACUUUGUUGCCCUUUCAACAUACUUACUGGGAAGUUAUUAUACUGUAAUUAUUUAUAAAUCAAAUUACCAUAAACUAAUUGACAUGAUGAAAACCUGGAGCCAGGUCACAUUUCAGCAGUGGAGCACUUGGAGUGCAUUAAAAAACAAUACACAGUACAUGGAAAAAGCACAGACAGUAAAGGCACUGGGGGGAAAACGGUUCAUUUUUGCCCCCUGACCCUCCAGCAGGUUAGCCCCGCCCCAGGUGGAGAGUUCCGUGUAACACACUGCUCCAAAAUUUCAAAUAGGUGUUCAAUUAGCUUGAGAUCUGGUGACUGUGAAGGCCAUAUCAUAUGAGUCACAUGAAUUCUGUUAUGUGGAUUUUUUCUUUACAUUUGCACAAACAGCACAGUGGAUUCAGUGUGUAUCGGUUGUAUUGGUGUGUACAGUUGUUCAGAGUUCCGUGCUGUAAAAACGGCAGUGAAUGCAACUGCAUGAUAACGACUAAAGACGUAUUUUAUGGUAUUUUUGUUUAUUUAAGUCCAUUCAAAAAUCACAUCACACACCUAAGAGGUCCUCCAUCACCGUUUUGGUGGAGAUCCGUGUUUUGGAUUCAUGACUGUAGUUGUGUACCUGAACUGAAGCAGUGUUAGUCAUUCCUGGUUGUGUUAUUAUUAAUAUCACGCAGUGAGUUAAAGAGCCCUUUCAAAUGUCCACUUCCUGCUCACACUUCGUCUCAGCAACAGCAAUACCUGUUCUCUCUUCCUUAAAAUUGUUUUACUUUGUGCGCUUUGACAAAUCUAAAAGGUGUAUGUGAAAGGUGGAUGUGUCGGUUUGUUCUCAGGUGGAAAGCUGUAGGGGUUAGGUAUUAAAUAUGCAAGUUCUAUGUGACAUCUAUCAUGUUAAUCCACAUUGUAACCUGAUGGCAAUAGCUGCACAAAAAUGCAAUGAUCCCAAUCAUCCCCAUGCACUAAAAAGUAGGCAUGCACACACACACACACACACACACUGUUCGUCUGUAGUUCACCUAACGAGUGUUAACACUGAGUAGAGAAGCAUCACUUCAUGUAUUCAAGCGUGUCAGCAGUCAUCCCAGCUUUUUCUGGAUGUCAGAGCAAGUGAAUGCAGGCAAUGCAU